GUCCACAAAUCUGCCCGGAAAAAAACUGGCGAUGUACGAGCUACUUUUAUUGAUGGCAUCAGUCUAUAGACAUUAUGACGUUGAAUUGGUGAAUAUGCAUGAACCAUUAAAAAUUGUUACAUUAUCAGUUGACGAUGUUAAAGAGUUAAAAGUUAGAAUUA